AUGUUCCCCACCUCCGGGCAGGGCGCCCGGGUGAGUUUUACCGCCUCUGGUUAUCGGACGCGGGGGAAAGAAAGCAAAAUGUCUAGCAACCUCGUUCCUCUUACCGUCAUCAAGGGCGCUGGCCACGAGUUUAUCCCCCUGCCGCAGGGUGAAAACGCUACUACGGCCGACUUCCACUCAAUUCGCACUAAGACUGAAUCUCCCGCGCCUCUUACGUCAGGUUUCUAUAAGAUCGAGGCUGGUCCUCAAAGGCCCGCGCAUUACACCUUUGAAGAGACCAAGUAUGUCCUGAGUGGUCAGAUCGACGUUUUGGACGAGGCCACGGGAAUCACACACCACCUAGUUCCCGGAGAUUUUGCUUUCUUCUACGUCGGAUCUAAAGUCAAGUUCUCGACCAAGUCUCAUGGGUUUGCGUUCUACGCUGUGACCCGACCUGUCCGAACCCCUCACCCUAACCUUCAAGGUCGGGAGGAAGACAAGGCAAGAUUGUGA